ACUGCUAUACGUAGCUUGGUUUUGUGAUCUUAUUCAAAAUGGUGAAUAUUUUAUAUAUUUUGUCGUUUUGCCAUUUGAUUUUAACGGUGUAUGGUGACCGCAAUAGUCCAUCUAUCGAAGAGAAUCAAAUCAAAAAUUUCACCAAAUUUCUGGAGAAUAGUCUAAAUAAAACAGUUUUGGAAUAUACGUUGAAAUCUUUAACAAAGCCUGGUGAUAAUUUUGGUGCUGUAUUACGAUCGGUUGUUGUAAAAGUAGCCGAUGAAGAAAAUGAUUCUGACGAAAAUGAUAUUUACAACGUUGUCAUGAAAACACCGGUGACCAAUCCCAUUUUGGCUAAAUUUUUCAAACCAGCAGUGACAUUUGUAAAUGAGGUUCGCUUUUAUACGGAUAUCAUUCCGGCUUUGGAACAGUUUGAAGAGAUUGCGAAUGUACCGCUGGAAGAGCGAUUGGACGCGUUAAUUCCAUGCCUUGGAUCGAGAUUUUCAUUAAACUCUAACGCAGAAUAUGCUGAUUCCGAUGCAAUUUUAUUGCUUGAAAAUAUUAAAUUUCAAAACUUCACCAACGUAGAUAAGCACAUCGGUUUCAAUACAAAUGAAACAUUGGCGAUUCUCAAAGUUUUGGCAAAAUAUCAUGCAUUGGGCAUUGCAAUUAGACGAUUGAAAUCAACAUUGUAUAAUACAAAAAUAGAUCCUUAUACAAAAUCACACAGCCUAUGGAAAGAAAACGACAAUGCAACAUACGAAUUAAUUUAUGGCGAGCUGAAACGUGUUCUUAAUCUCACUUCGGAAAUGAGUGAUGCAGUUGACAACAUGUAUGCAAUGCAUGAGAAAUAUAUGAAAGACUUUUCCAUUGCCAUUGACACACCGUAUACGACAGUUGUUCAUGGCGAUUUAUGGUUCAAUAAUAUUAUGAUCAGAAAAGAUACCAAAUCGAUCAAAGUGAAAAUUUAUGAUUUUCAAACGUAUUUUUAUGAAUCAUUUGUAUUUGAUUUGUCGUACUUUUUAUUCACAAGUGUUGGCAACAUUGAUUUGAAUGCGAAUUUCACGUUGUUCGUUGAUUAUUAUAUUUCGGAGUUUCAAAAAAUGAUGAACUUGCUAAAAUGUCCAAUGGACGAUUAUACUCAUGAAAAGAUGUGGCAUGAAUUUCGAGAAAGGGCAAAAUUCUCGUCAUUUUUCAUCAUUUUUCAUACGAAAGUAGCAAAUGCUAAUUAUGAUUUAAUGCCAUCACUUGAUAAGUUGGAUAAAGAUCCAUUGCGGUUAAGUACACCAGCUUCCAAAGCUGCCAUUGAUCAAUGGAAAUUCAUCAUUGAUGUGUUUAUGCGAAAUGGUCUUGUUUAAACAAUAUUCCGUGAAGCCAUCACCAACAAAAAUUAAUUUUAUCCAUUUAUGCAAUAAAUAUUAUGAACCGAUUUCUAAAACAUUGAACAUCAAAACAAUUCAAUAAAAAGUUUCAUUUGCAUCUGAAAA